UGCCGACGGUAUUUUGUGUGAGGACUAACGGACAUUUAUUCGCACUGAAACUUUACUUUUUGUCAUAUUUCUUUGGUUUUAUUGGUAGAAAUAAUGGCGGUACCUGCUGCUAACAAGGACAAUAUCAGAGCUGGGUGCAAAAAAUGUGGAUAUCCGGGCCAUUUAACGUUUGAGUGUCGAAACUUUGUCCGAGUCGACCCACAGAAAGACAUUGUUCUGGAUGUGAGCAGCACCAGCAGUGAGGAAAGUGAAGAUGAUGAACCUGUUCCUCAACAUCGAGUGAAACUAGGACGAGGUGGUCAGCAGCACAAAGAGUCCCGUGAUAGUGAAGAUAGAAAAAAGAGACCAAAACGAAAGAAGAGUAAGGACAGAAAGUCGAGAAAAAGAUCCCAUUCAUCGUCAGGAGAUGAGGAAACCAAAAAGAAGAAGAAGCGAAGCAAAUCGAGCUCCUCGUCGGACGAAAAGGAAAAGAGAACCAAAAAGAAGCAAAGCCACAAGAAGAAAAGCAAGAAGAACAAAAAAGAGCAUGGAAAGCAUCACAAAAAGAGAGAUAAGAAAAGGAAGCACAAAUCUUCAUCCUCUUCCUCUUCCAGCUCAAGUGAUACCUCAGAAAGUGACUGAUCCAGCAAACACUGCAGCUUCUGGUUGUCUGACGUUAGUUCAGAUAUUCAAACGUUAUGUAUUUUUUAAUGCAGCUUCUCAUCUUGUUUCAUUUAGGUGUCAGUGCCUGCUACCACAAAGCGUCAUUGAAUAUUAUAAACCGAGCGUUUUUACUCUGUAUGCUGCAGACAGGCAGCCGUCCUGCAGAUGAUAACGAUGCUGCACAUUUUCAAAUACAGGCAUGAAACCAAGCAGCAUCUUCUGAUUAACUUGUUCCUUUUGUCUUCAUUUAUUUAUGCUCUUUAUUAUUGUUUUACAUGAUCGGAACAAUUU